UUGACAAAAUCACUGAACUCGCAAGCAUUCUAUAUGGUUCUGUUUUGGAUUCAAGAGCGCAUUACAAAGUAAAAUCAAAUAUGAAAACCUUAGCAAUUAGUAACUCGGUCAUUAGUCACGUUGAUACAGAUUGUCAGCAAAUUAACAUGACCCAUUGCCUUUGAAUUGCAGCUCAAAGAACUUGUCGGAUUGCAAAUAGAGUUCUCACCUAUCUCCUAUCAUUGAGUUCGUUUGUACACUAACAUGAGUUCACAAUGGUAAACACCAAGUAACAAAAUAUAAGUAGAUGAAUCAUGCCAAUAACACAUGAAUCAAUUCACGUGUUCUGAAAAGGCCAUAUUUGGAUUAUAAAUACAUGAAUACUUACAAAGCCCACUUUUUUCAUUCAUGUCAUUUGGAAGAAUGCCAACACCUGUGCUGUUCAAAUUGGAAUUAAGUCCAACCUGAAAUGAAUUGCACAACCAAUUAGCAACUUUUUCUUGAUUAGGAGGUUGAUAAGGACUACAAAGGAAACUUAAAGAACUAAUACAAAUCAGAUCAGUCAACACAUGACAAUUAGUGGCUCUAACUUGGUAUUAGUAUAGCUCAAAGUGCCUCAAACCCAACCCAUGAGGGAUUCCUCUACUUCGUUCCGCUCUCCAUGAAGAUUUGGUAGACUCACCUAGCUAGGGACACGCUUUCGUGGAGGGGAGGAGCUCUUUCCCAUGGUCUCGGUUUUGCGGAGAAGGAAAUCCAAUUUCCCAAAGAGGAUAAUGGAUUAAGACUUCAAUUUGGUGGGGAAGAAGAAAUAUAUAGGAGUGAGCACAUUAUAAAAAAAAUAAGAAUGAGUUCACCAGCUAAUCAACGAAGAAAACAAUCAUUUGACGCCACCCAAUCCCUCUUCUUCAUCUUCAUCUUAGAACUCGCCGGUCGAAUGGGUUGCUUCCUCCGAUUACCCUCCUCUGAUCAUCUGAUCCCAUCGCCAAAGAAACAAAAUCUCCAUGCAUCUAACAGAGACUGAAUCACUAUGAGGAGGAUGUAAGGCCGUUUAUUGGUGGCGUCGAGGAUUGGGUAGGAGGAGGGAAAAUCGGCCUAGGCGUAGGCUUCGGAAGGGAGAAGGGUUCUGGAAGCUGGGCGGGUAGUUAGGCCGCGUCAGAGGAGGGGUCGAAAGGGGAAGCGGCAUCCGAUUAAAAGAAGGGCCACUGCUUGCUUAGCUAGCCGCCAGAGGUUGCUUAGGAACACCAAUUUUAGUGUAGGUUUAGUUGUAGCUUAUAAAAAUCACCGAGUGAACAGUACUCCCGAAUUUUUCUUAAUGAACAGUAACUCCGGUUUUUUUGGAACUUGGGACUUAAUAAUUCUAAUAAUAAUAAUAAUAUGGAUGAAAUUAUUUUCUCUUCACUAAGUUUAUGGUGCCAUUUUGAGAAAACAAAUAGUCAAAUGACCAUUUUGUAUAAGUAUCAAAGUUAAGAGAUCAUUUUGACUAUUAAAUAUUUAUCGACUAGGUCCUGUAAAUUGUAAUCGUCUAGUUGUGCGGCCGAGCUAUAGCAGUGGUCUUCGGGACAUGAUUUUGACCAAUGGCGGCAGCUUCAUUCUGCGACAAUUUCAGUCGCCUGCGCCCUUUCGUCCGGCAACUAACGGUUUCUACCUCCUUGACUCCGGCUGUGCCGCCACCAAGCUUAGCUUCGCUAUGCGCUCAGGGACACCUGCAGGCCGCUUUGCUCGAAAUGGCUGAGCAAGGCCCUCUAAUGAAGUUCGACGGCUACAAUUCGCUGCUAAACGAGUGCGUCAAUAAACGAGCCUUGAGGGAAGGCCAAAGGGUGCAUGCCCAAAUGAUCAAAUGUCGUUAUCUUCCACCGGUGUACUUGAGGACCAGGCUUAUAGUGUUUUAUACCAAGUGCAAUUGUCUGAGCGAUGCCAGACAUGUGUUCGACGAAAUGCCUGAGAGGAAUGUCGUUUCUUGGACUGCCAUGAUUUCUGCGUAUUCUCAGAGAGGACUGGCCUCGGAUGCAUUGAGCCUCUUUCGCCACAUGCUGCCAUCAGGCACAGAGCCAAAUGAGUUCACUUUUGCAUCAGUUCUUACCUCCUGCAUAGGCACUUCCGGGUUGGAGCUAGGAAGGCAGAUACAUUCACUGAUAAUCAAGACCAGCUAUGAUUCUCACAUUUUCGUUGGGAGCUCACUUCUGGAUAUGUAUGCCAAAGCUGGCAGAAUCCCCGAAGCUCGUGAAGUUUUCGAGUGUUUGCCAGAAAGAGACGUUGUAUCUUGUACUGCAAUCAUUUCUGGCUGUGCGCAACAGGGUCUGGAUGAAGAAGCACUAGAGCUCUUCCGAAGAUUACAAACGGAAGGAAUGGAUUCAAAUUAUGUAACCUAUGCAAGCGUAUUAACUGCAUUAUCUGGGCUUGCAGCUCUCGAUCUUGGGAAACAGGUUCAUAACCACGUCCUUAGGCGUGAACUGCCCUUCUACGUUGUUCUCCAGAAUUCCAUGAUCGAUAUGUACUCCAAAUGUGGAAACCUUGGUUACUCGAGAAGAAUCUUUGAUACCAUGAUCGAGAGAACUGUCAUGACAUGGAAUGCAAUGCUUGGAGGGUAUAGUAAGCAUGGGUUGGGAAGAGAAGUGGUCGAUCUUUUCGAGUUGAUGACAGCUGAAAACAAAGUCAAACCCGACAGUGUCACUCUGCUGGCUGUCCUAUCUGGGUGCAGCCAUGGAGGGAUGGAAGAUAAAGGCUUGGAGAUAUUCGACAAGAUGUCGAAUGGAAGUUAUGGAAUUCAGCCAGAGAGCGAGCAUUAUGGAUGUGUUGUUGACCUGCUUGGCCGAACAGGCCGAGUGGAAGACGCUUUUCAGUUCAUCAAGAAGAUUCCUUUCAAACCAACAGCUGCCAUUUGGGGAUCGCUCUUGGGUGCUUGUAGGGUUCACUCGAAUGUCGAUAUUGGCCAUUUCGUUGGUCGCCAGUUGCUACAAUUAGAGCCGGAGAAUGCUGGGAACUAUGUUAUACUCUCUAAUCUAUAUGCUUCUUCCGGGAGAUGGGAACAAGUGAGAGAAGUGAGGGAGUUAAUGAUGGAGAAAGCUGUGAUGAAGGAGCCAGGUAAAAGCUUGAUUGAAAUUCAGCAGACAUUGCAUACUUUCCAUGCAAGCGAUCGUUGCCAUCCAAGGAGGGAAGAAGUAGUGACCAAAGUGAAGCAGAUGUCGACCGAGUUCAAGGAAGCCGGCUAUGUUCCUGAUCUGAGCUGCGUUCUCUAUGAUGUGGAUGAUGAACAGAAGGAGAAAAUCCUUUUGGGCCACAGUGAGAAACUGGCUUUGGCUUUUGGGUUGAUGGCUACUGCUUCUCGGCAAGUGCCCAUCCGUGUGAUAAAGAACCUCAGGAUUUGUGUUGAUUGUCACAAUUUCGCCAAGUUUGCAUCCAGGCUUUAUGGAAGGGAAGUGUCGUUGAGGGACAAAACUCGGUUCCAUCAAGUUGUUGGUGGAACUUGCUCGUGUGGGGAUUACUGGUGACGGUUCUAAUGAGAGAUCUCUGUACGAAACUACAUUGUUAAGUUGUUGAGUUUUAGAUCGUUCUUUUGUACAGGGGUGUAAGUGGGUUCGGGUGGUGACAAUUUAUCUAGGGUCAAAAUGAGUUAUAUUAGCUCCAAGAUUUAUAGUUGAUCCGUCCCCAUUCGUUUUCUUUCUCGACCCUAUCUGAACCGUAUUUGGGUUGGAUUGGGCUGAGAAUGCCGGCUCACCAAAAUCACAAAAUUUAUUGAUUUCAACAUCAAAAUGAUUUUUGCGAAAUGUAAUGUGAUGUUUUGAACGGAAAAACAAAAUGUAAUUGUGAUAUAACAAAUGAAGAUCGAUUUGAGUUCAUGCGAGAAGGAUUGCUAGUUAUUGUUCUUACCAUCAACUUAAAACCAGAUGGGUCAAAUCAAACCAACUUACAACCCUCCAAAUCGAUCUACAACUCAAUUUUACAGUUGUAAAAAAAACUCAAUUUUUCGAGCAACUUGAUCAACCCAUAACCUAAUUGCACAUAUGGUAAUUAGGUUGAACCUGACCCGAGGCUGCCCGUUUGCCAAAUUUAGGGGUGCGUUUGCUUGUUGGAUUUGGGUCAUGGAUUUGGUAUCCAAAUUCCAAGUUUGAUGGAUUUAACAUAAGUCCAUUGUUUGUUGAAGGGUGCUAAAUCAAUGGGGUCCACGGAUUUGGUCUUUAUUUUGGAACCAAAUCCAUGGACCCCACGGAUUUGUAAAUCCCACAUAUUGAUUUGGGAUUUGCAAAUCAUUGAUGGUUAGUUAUUUAUUUAACAAAUCCAUCACAAAUCCAUCAUCAAAUCUAUCAUGCAAACAUUAGACUCUUCAAAUCCAUAAUCCAAUAAAUCCAACAUAAAUCC